CGCUUUAGGACCAAGCGUCCUACUCAACUCUUUACAAAUGAGGUGUAGCACUCGACUUGAUUUUGAACAAAGUUCCUGUCUCUGUUUAAGCCCACAAAGUUUCGAAGCAGAGAGAGUGGGACUGGAGUUAUAGUAUUCAUUCAGCUUUUCCUUCCUUAAGCGAAUGAAAGGAUCCUGAGGACGUUCGUUUCACCUGCGGCUGGGAGCGACACCUGCCUCAGGUACUUUCAUGACACAAGGAGCGAAGGGCGUUGAACCUCCGCGGAACUUAGUGCUACUCUCAUCCUCCACAUUUGGGCCACUCUUCCGGGUGUAAGUGUAUGCUCGUGAGUAUUGAAGAGGAGCAUUUACAGCUAUGUGCUCCAGUGGGCAGCCUCUGUGUUCAGGAAGCAGGCGUUCACCCACCAAUAGAGAGGGCAGUAGCUCAGGCUCCCAGUAUGCUCUCUGUGCACUGGGGGUGGGCCUAGUGGCACUCGGUGUUGUCAUGAUCGUGUGGAGCAUAGUCCCUUCUGAAAUGACACAGCUUCACAAUGCUACAAACACGAACAACGGCAGUGACAGCGGUGAUGAAGGGAAAACAUCUUCUGUUGCAUUUGUGCUGGUUGGAGCUGGUGUUGCCAUGUUGCUCCUUGCUGUAUGUCUCAGGGUGAGGAACAGGAAGCAAAUGAGACAACGGGAAACUACAGGUGCAGGCGGUGCUGAUUAUGUGGAUAAUGUCCAUAGAGAUCAGGAUGAGGAAUCAACUGAUGAACCAGCACCCAGCUAUGAUGUCCCCACCUAUGAGGAGGCAGUCACCAGUGGACAGUACCCUGUUCGGCAGAGCAACUUGCGACAGAGCUACCAGCUGCCCUCGUAUGAGGAUCUGAUUGGUGCCGUUGAAAAUGAAGCCCAACAGCCUAGAGAAGGUAAUGGCCAAGAGGCCUCUCAGCCAGCUCCUGGCCCCGGACCCCAGCCUGCGGCACCUGCUCGAAGCAGCAGCAGGGCCAGUCGCAUCCUCAGACCUCUCAGAGUGCGCAGGAUCAAGUCUGAGAAACUCCACGUGAAGGAUAUUCGUUUGAAUAUCCAAAACCCUGGACAGAGUGGGGUGGUGGCCAUUGAACCGCUGACCCCACCACCACAGUAUGAGGACAAGCCCCCUCAACUACCCACAGAAGUAGUGUAAUGAUUUCGAUCAAUGGAUUUUGUUGAGUGUUUGCAUCUGUGGGUUGUUCGAAAAAUGUUGAUUCAUCUGUGCGGAAACAGAAAUUUUAGUUAGAGCUAUAAAUGUAUCUCAAAAUCUGCCAAAUUAUGAAAUAGGAUACCUUCAGUAGGAUACGCUGUCAGUGCUUCUUGGACAAAACACUAAAGCCUACUUGAAUGUUUUUUAACAGAACUUUUUAUAUUUGAAGAAUGGAUUAGACUAGUGUAUUGUACUUUUUAUUUAAAACUCUGAGGAAGGAUAUGAAUGCCACAGCCUGUCUCUUGAGAGAGAGAGAGAAAGAGAGAACGAGAACUACACGGUUCUUUGAACUUCCAAAGAACUACACGGUUUACUUCCAAAGAACUCCACUGUACAUUGCAAAAAAUAAAAACAAAACAAAUUAUUAUAAAAGAAUAAAUUACAACUGAAGAAUCCCAUCAAACUUUGGUUGCCAUGUUGGAAAUGCCAAAUACUGUUUUU